AUGCGCGCGAGCGCGAAGAGCGCGCGACGCGCGACGACGAAACCCGCGCGGGCGGGGACGAUUCGCUGCGGUGCGGUGCAAAAGAUGAACGCCGAGGAGCUGGAGAUCGCGAUGGCGAACCGUGAUCGACCGAUGGUGAUUGAUUUCUACGCCACGUGGUGCGGGCCGUGCGUGCUGAUGUCGAGCGAGCUGGAGAAGGUGCAGGAACAGCUCGGGGACAAGGUGCAGUGCGUGAAGGUGGACACGGACGAGGAGAGCGAUUUGGCGACGCAGUUGCAGAUUCAAGGCUUGCCCACGCUGGUGUUCGUGAGCACGGACUCGUCCAAACCCGCGCUGCGCACGGAAGGGAUGCUGCCGGCGGAGACGGUGAUUUCAGUCAUCGAAAAUGAACUUUAA